AUGGAGAAACAGAGAAAUAAUUUACAAGAUGAAAUAGUGUAUCUACAAUCCCAGUCCAUGAGGAACAAUUUGGUGUUCAGUGGCAUACCGGAAACACGCACCGGCACGUUUGAAGACGCGGAAAUCACGCUGCGGUCAUUCCUCCAGGAGAAAAUGAAAUUAGCCAAGGAAGAAGCAGCCUCAAUACAGUUUGAGCGUGUGCACCGGUCACAUGGGACCCCGACGCCUGGUAAAACUAGAAACAUUAUUGCCAAAUUUGCCUUCUUUAAAGACAGAGAAAAUGUGAGGAAGAGAUGGAAGGAACUGGAAGGUACUGGUUAUCGUGUCUUCGAACAAUUCCCUCAGGAAGUCCUGCAAAAAAGACGACAAUUGGUGCCACAAAUGAAGGAGGCGAGGAGGCAGGGUAAACGAGCGUACCUGGCCUACGACACCCUCUACAUAGACGGAACUCCGGUGCGAGCGUAG